GCAUGUCUGUAGUUUUUUCACUCCUAGAAAUACCGGCUCAUACCUGAGAGAGAAACAGAGUUCUGCCUGUAUCUCACUUUGCAACCAGAAGUGAAAAGCAAAGAUUGAGAAGAUGCUUAAAGUAUUGCUGUCAAUAUUCCUGGUCCUUGUGGUCGUGAUUUCCAUCAUGGGGAGAACACAGAAAGCCACUGUCAAGAAGGAGAAAAGAGUUCCUCAGACUCUCUCCAAAGGAUGGGGUGAUCAGCUGAUCUGGGCCCAGACAUACGAAGAGGCACUCUUCUGGGCACGCUCAAAGAAUAAGCCUCUCAUGGUCAUUUUCCACCUGGACGACUGCCCACACAGCCAGGCUCUGAAGAAAGCUUUUGCUGAGGAUGAAAAGAUCCAGAAGAUAGCUGAUGAGAACUUCAUUCUCCUGAACCUGGUGCAUGAAACCACAGACAAGCAUCUGUCGCCUGAUGGGAUUUAUGUUCCCAGAAUCCUUUUUGUUGAUCCCUCAAUGACUGUUCGGGCUGACAUCACUGGCCGCUACUCCAACCGCAAGUAUGCCUACGAACCAAGUGAUAUAAAAAUCUUGCUGAGCAACAUGGAGAAAGCCAGGAAGCUCAUGAAAACAGAGCUGUAAAAUCAACAUGCCAGACUAUCCCAAAGCGGAUCUUCUCCCAGUUGAGAGUUUACAUUUGUUUACCCAUUUACUGGUGUAAAAUAUGCUCUGAUGUUGACUGUGAUGUUUUUCAGUAUGUUUGCUCUGCAGUGUAACUGUAACAUAUGAAUUUCAUCAGUGUGGAAUUCUUUUCUGGAUUAAAAAAAACAGCCUUCUAAAAAA